AUGGACAAUACGAGUGUUACAAGUGACCUUACUAGCUCCGCCGGACAGACACCCUGGUACAACGUCGUGGUUUACCAAGGUUUUAAUGGAUACGGGGUUACAAUAACCUACCUUCUGAUGAACCUCAUCGUAGCAACACUAGGUUUAGCCAUUUUGUUGCUGAACUCCUAUGCAGCAUAUGUGAUGUCAUGUAAACCGCAUAACUGGGACGUCACCUAUGUGUUCAUAAAAAAUUUGGCCAUUUCUGAUGCAUUGUGCGGCCUAUUUACAAUUUACAACAUAUUCUAUAACUUAAUCCAUUACAAAUUAUUCUAUGAAUGCCUUUUUCGAUUUGGAGUGUUAAACUGCAUUUUAUUGAACUCUUCGCUGAAUCUGUUUGCACUGACGUUUGACAGAUACGUGAAGAUAACUGCACCGUAUAUUUAUUGGCGAAUAUUUGAGGAAGAGAGAGCAAAGGUUUUCACUAUUGUCACGUGGUGUUUUACCAUUGUAAUGGCCUUAGUGCCUCUUGUGGGUUGGCACACGGAACAAAACACCGACUAUUGCGGUUAUUUUGGAGUGUUUACUAGAGCCUACCUCGCCAUGCUUCUGUUGAUAGUUUUGAUAGGAUUUCUGUUAUUGUGUGUCAUGUACAUACAUAUUCUUAUCAUCGCCUCGGCCAAGAGUUCCCAAACACAACUGUUCCAGGAACGAAUGUUACAGAUCCAAGGACUGGCAGUGUACAGAUCACGUAAUCCCGUCAAGGCUUUAUGGUGGAAACCAACCAAAAUCAUUCUCCUCAUUAUAGGCAUCAACGUCCUCUGCUAUACUCCAGUUGGUAUCUACGUGCCGUGUGUUUUGUUUGGUAUGAUGGAUGACCUGGACGUUGGAACACAAGGGACACUCCUGUUGUACAUAUCAUGUCCUCUCUACCUCAAUAGUUUGGCCAAUCCCAUUAUCUACGCAUAUAAGAUUCCUCUCGUUCGCAAGGCCUUCCGGCGACUGGUGUGUUGUUCCAAACAUGACAGUACGGCUUCUAUUACAUAUUAA